CAUUUAUGCUUUCUUUUUCUCUUGUUCCUGAAUAUAUUUCGUCAAUAUAAUAACAGUUUGCUUUUAGACAAUUAUAUAUUGAUGUCAUAUGAAUAUCACUUGAUCUCAUUUGAAUUGCAGGUGGUGAGGAUGACCUUUUACAAAAUCAUGUAUAAAAGCUUUUCAUAGAUUGUGAAUGUCAGACACGCGCUUCGUCCACAAAAGACUUGUCAUUAUCUAAUCUUCAAGUUCAAAGACAUAUCGCAUAUUAAAUGAGGAACCAUAAGUUAAAAAGAAAUAUCACAAGCUGAUUUAGGAGAAGUGCAGUUCUUUGAUGUUGCAUAUUUUUUGUCUGAUCGGCAUAGAAAAAUGGGAGCAGGAUGUUCUAAAAAUAAUGAAAAUGACAGAAUUGGUGCGUUAUUUCAGGCAAUACGACGAGAAAAGUUUCAACUGGCGACAGAUCUGAUUUCAAAGGGUGCAGGAGUCAACUGUAUAAAUUACUUUGGUAAUACACCAUUGAUAGAAACAUGUCGGAGCCAUAGGACGUCUAAGAGGACAGGGAGUAUAGUUGAAAAUGAACGAGAGCGAUUUGUGAGAUUUCUUCUUAAUAAUGAUUGUGAUGUGAGCAAAUAUGAUAUAUAUGGAUGGACAGCUCUUAUGUAUGCCGAGAAGAAUGGCCAUGAUAGCAUUGUUUAUAUUUUGGAGAAAAAAGAAAAGGGAAUGAAUAAUACCGAAUCACCAAUAUAGGACUAUAAUUGAUGUCAACAUGGACUCGUCUUUCCAACGAUGUAGUGGUAAUCGAGUAAAACUCAAAGACUUUUAAGUACUCAGGAUCAACCUCAAAAAUGUUUACAAGCAAUAUUUUAUAAAUUCAAAGUCAGUACAUUAUGUUAUAUUAACAUUGUUUGGCUUUAUGAACAGUUUUACCUUGUCGAUGGACAGAAACCUCCGACCAACAUGUCACGAUACACACACAAAAAUCAUUCUUUACACUAAAUAUAAUGUUCAACUCUUCAUACCUUAUUGGCGAUAUAGUGAUUGAGAUUUCCUAUUAAAGGUUGUUUGAUCUUUCGUCCAACUUCAGUAUCCGCAACUGCUUUGCUCUCUGUUAUAAAGAACACCUGAAAGCUUAAACAUGUGUAUUAAUAGGAUAUAUCGACUUUCAAAUUAAUGAAGUAAUGUGUCCUAAAUGUUGUUUAAUAAUCAUAAUGUAAUCUGAAAAAAAUCACCAUGGGUUAUUUGUAAGGUGAUUAAAAAAAAUUACCAAAUAAGUUCCAAUAUAUAUUAAAGGGAAAUAAACAGAGUUGUCAGUAUGAUAAAUGUAUGUCAUUAAUUUCGUCAGCCGAAAAUUUGAAUGCCAAGAAUAUAUAUAAGAACAGAAACAUUUGAAAAUUUACAUAACACAAUUAGUUUAUCGGUAUUGCUGAUAAGGUGACCAUGAUUGUUUCAAUUUCACAACCUGACAUUAAAAGUUUAACUAAGUUAUACUCAAUAUAGGUUUGUACUAAAAUGAUCAACACGACGGGCGCAACAUG